AUGGGUGGGGGAUGGUCUGAUGCUGUUGCCAACUGGAUGGCGCAAACCUCCGCUGACACCAAGAACAAGGCGGCACUGGCAAAGUCAACGGCAUUCGAUCACGGCCGUACUCUGUUAACCCCCCAGGUCAACCCGCUCAAGUAUCCUGACGUCGGAAGGCGGAGAGAGGUUCACCAAAUUGGGGAGGUGUGGGCCAACACCCUCCACACUGUCUAUGCAGAUCUUGGCACUGACCUCGGUUUCACCGCUGAGGCCAAGACAAACCCCGACGCCAAAGAAGGAAACGCCCUUUUCGUGAAACUUAUGGUGACUGCCCUUGCAACCCGACCGUCCUCACCGCUCGAGAUGCCAUUAUUCAAGCUGACAAGAACCUCAACAACGGUGCUAACGAAUGUACUUUGA